AGAUCAUCUGAGAAAAAUUUGCAAUUCUUUAAAAAAUCUUCAAUUUUCUAGUGAAAAACCUUCUAGCAGUGUGAAAUAAUAAUGUAUCUCUCAAGAGUGACCAACGACAGAAAGUUAUAUCUCUGCAGAUGGUAUUUCAGAGCUGGAUUUGCACUGCUCCCUUUUGUCUGGGCAAUAAACACAAUUUGGUUCUUCAGUGAGGCCUUCCGAAAGCCCCCCUACGAGGAGCAGGCACAGAUAAAGAAAUAUGUUCUUUACUCUGCAUUGGGUUCUAUCAUCUGGUUGAUUGUGAUUGUCUCUUGGGUCACUAUCUUCCAAACGCAUCGAGCCGAUUGGGGAGAAUUCGCUGAUAGAAUAAGCUUCAUCAUUCCCCUCGGCAGAGCAUAGACAAUUCCCGGAAAAGUCCACUUUACUAUUUAACCAUGUUUGUCUUUUUUUUAAAAUUAAUCACUUUUAUUUAUAAUAAAGAACAUUG